GUUAUAUUUGGUUCUCUUUCUAAGUAGCUAGGUAGACAAAUGUGUAUCGAAUUUCAAAACCUCCUUUCCAAUAUUCACUUUUCUUGAAACCCUUCUUCUCUCUCUCUUUUAUCAACUUUCUCUCUUUUCUUUUCUCUUUCUCUCUCUCUCAGUACUCUCUUCUCUUAUUAUCUUUAAGCCUUGGUUCCGGUUCAUGGAUAUUGAACCCUUGUGGGCUCUUGGGGGGUGGUUUCUUCUUCAAAUUUGCAUGGCAACACCUAAAACAUCACCAUCAUCAUCACCAUCAUCACCGACAUCGUCGUCUUCAAUCUUCGAAAUCCAACCGAAAUCUCUUCUUUUUCUAACCCUAAUCUUCAUUUUCCUUCUUCUCCUCACUAGUACUAGUACUAGUUCUAGUUCUUCCACUACUACAUCGAAUUUUCGGUAUUCUUCAUCAACAUCUAUGGCUUCAACUUCCUUAAGGAGAAGACUUCUCUUGGAUUCUUCAUCAUCAUCUUCUUCUUCUACUGCGAAAUUGAAUCCAAAGAAAAACGAAGAAUCUGCACGAAAAUCAUCAUCGUCGGCUACUUCGAGUAGAAGAGAGUUUGGAGUUGAAGCUCAUGAAGUUCCUAGUGGUCCUAAUCCCAUAUCCAACUAGGUAUAUAUAAAUAAAUAUAGCAAAUUAUCAAAAUUAUGAUGAUGAUGAUGAACAUGGAGGUUUGUAAUGGCAAAUUUAAUAUGUUUUUUCAUGAUCUUUUGUGGGGUACUAUUGGUUUUUUUUUUUUUUUGGUUGAGACACUUUGCCAUUAAUACUCCUUUGUCUUUUGGCAGAGGUUUGUUGCCUUAAUUAAUGGUUUAUAUAUCUUCAUUACUAUUUUUUUUUUUUAUUUUAAUUUUAUGUUUUGUUUUUUGUUUUUCGAUUUAAGCUAGAAAUGUAUAGCAAGAGAUACUAUUUUUCCAUAUUUAUUAUGUAUCCAUUAUUAUCUAUUUGUUUCAUAUUAAUAUAGACGAUAUAUAUAUAUGAUGUUUAUGCU